GAAUUUAGUUCAAGUGCCAAACAAAUAAUAAAAAAAAGUGAAAGAAAAUCAUUCAUACACUCUAGUAAAAAAUUACGAAAAAUAAAAUAAAUGUCUUGCUCUCCAAUAAAAAUGAAAUAAAAAAUAGUGUGAAUAGAAAAAAAAUAGAAAAUAGAGAAAUUUUUUUAAAACAAGCUACACUGGGAAAAAAUUAACUAUAUAUCUCAAAACUGUGAAAUUUUGCUGUUCUUUGGGUGCAACAAAAAAUAGACAAACAUCGAAGGCGGAGUAAAACUAAUAUAAAAGAAAGAGAAUUCACCCAAACCCACAGCUUAAACUAUUAAAACAGCAGGAGUAAGAGCCAGAAAUUAAUUAUCAAACAGAAAAGAUUGCUAAAGAACAUAAAAUGAGAUAACCAGCAACUAGCAACAAAAUAACUACGAAAAGAAAGUGCUUAAGAGCAAGAAAAACUAAUAGAAAUAUAGCAACUUCACACAAACAUAAACACCAAAUUGAUAAUUUCAUGCAACCAAUUGUAACAAAAGUGCGAACUCAUUGUGGCAGCAUCAAUUAAGUCUUAUGUAUACAAAACGCAUCGCAAGAGAGGAGGAGGGCUUACAAAUUCCUCAAGUAUUACGUGCAAAUUUUUCUUCAUCAUCAGCGUUAGCAGCGACAACUACAACAACAGCAUUAGUUUCUGACAUUUCUAAGCCCUAGAAUAGCACUAAAAGAGAAAUAGCAUUAUUGCUGGCCCCAUGGAUGGUGGUAAAGUGUUUGUUUGUAUAUAAAUGGCCAGGACACCAGUUGCAAUUGACAGGCAGCAAUUAAGUAAAGAAAAUAAUACAAAAUAUAAAAAAAAAGUAGAGAGAGAAUUUGCUCAUCAGCCUUAAGUAACAAUCAGUAUCAGCAACUUUAACUCUAAAAAACCAGUUUUCCUUCAUCAUUAUCAUCAUCUCUGACACUGACGUCUGUUUCUAACGUACUUCAUAAAUUACACGAACAAAAAACUAACAAAGCGAAUUGUGAGGAAAAAAAUUAUCAAAUAAGAAAGAACAAAAAAAAAAACACAACUAAAACAGCCAAAGCUGCACAACCAUCAAAAAAAAAAUAUAUACGGAAAAAAGAGAAGCCGCAACGUCUGUAAAUGUGAAUGAACGCUGUAAGCCUUUUGUAAUUGCGGAAGCCUUUUGGCAUAAAUGGUCUGCUGUCGGAGAACUUAGCAACGAUUUAUUUGUGUUGCCUUUUCGGACAUAAUACAUACAGCUCUGUGUUGGUGUUGUGGUCAUUGAUUACUGGCUGCCCUUGUUGCUAUAUGGCAAAAAGGCAUAUUUUUCGAGUGUACAUAGGCUGUUUGGCUUGUUCUACUCCUCUUGACUGCUCUCCACUCAACUCCAUUCUCUAUAGUCAUCAUCAUUAUAUUACACUCAUCUCUUGAAGCACUUGUGGUGAUUACUUACAGUAACAGUUUGCUUAAACAGCCACUAAGAGAAUCGACUGGCAGACGUUUAGUCUGGCAGACUGGCUGCUGAAUUGUCUUACUUCGUGUGCAAGAAAGUUAAAGAGUGAGUGGUUGGUUGGUUGGUUGGUUGAGAAAGAGGUCCAGCCAUUGACUGACUGACUGAGUGUGCAACAAUACUGUAGUUUAUGUGUAAUUGUGUGGGUGCUCUUUACCAUCUGUGUGUGUUUUAUUUUUGACCAGCGUCGAAGUGGCGGGGAAGACAGCAGCAGCAGCAUCGCCAGCCACAGCAGCACUUAUACGCUGGAGUAGUCUCACAAAUAAUGAAGCUCAGCAGUAGCACGUUGUGUGGCUGCUGUUUUUGUUGCUACUGCCACUGUUGGUUAAUGAUGCUGUUAAUGGUCUCGAGCGUUGUUCACGUAUCACCUGAGAUGUCAACAACAACUACAACUAAAAAAUAUACAAAACUAUACAAUAACAACUACGCUUAUCAAAGUGAAAUGACUGAAUUUAUACAGUUACAUAGAAAAAUACCAAAUAGAACAAGUAGAACAGUAGCAACAACAUCAACGUUAUCAUCGUUGCAAUCGCCGUCGCCACUACCACCACAACCACUAUCAGCAACAACAACAACUGCAACAACAGAUUAUCAUUAUAAAACAACAAAAAAUAAUAAUGUGAACAGUUAUCCAACAUUUGAACAUGAAGCGAUAACCACAAUUGCCACAAUACAAACGCAAUCAACAAUAACAACCACUGUAGUUGCAACACAAUCGGCAGCACAGGCACAAGCAGCAGCAUCAUCAUCAAUGACAUCAACAACUCCUGCACCUGAACAAAUACAAAUGACUAAACAACAACAACAACAAAAUCUAUAUGAUACAAAUACAGCUACUGCAACAUCAUCAGCGACAAAAAGAAACACAAGAAGAAAAAGACAUGAAGGUGUUUUGUACACAUUUGAUAACAGCAUAGAAGAUGCAACAGAAGAGGGUGCAACAAAUUCAAGGACUUUUACGACGACAACAACUAAUUAUGUUGCUGAUAAUAGUAAUGUUUUUGUGCCAUCAACAAUGCUAAGAAUAGGACCAACAACACAACCCUUUGUUGAGCCACUAACAAUGGCAAAGACAAUACAGCAAGUCAAUGAUUAUAGCAACAACAGCAACAAGAACAAUAGAAAAAACAAUGUAAAAAACACAAAGUAUUGGAGCGCCAGUAUUGAUUUGAACUUAAAUUUAAGACAGCAGCAAUACAAUGUCAGUAGUAGUAGUAGUAGCAGUGAUAGUAGUUUAAAUAAUAGUGAAAGUAGUAAUGAUGAUUUCACAAAUACCACCAACAACAGCAGCAACAAUAGACAAAAGACAACAAAUACAUUUAGCCUUAAUCGCAACAACAGAUAUGGAACAGUAAACAACAGCGGGAGCAUAAACACAACAGCUGCAGCAACAACAAAACAACAGCAACGAAAACAUCUUAGCACAAGUGAAGUAAAUGGAACAACAUCACAACUAGCAACUGCAAUUAAUUCCUUGCCAUUAAGUGGCACAACUGACUUUAGCAAAAGUAGCACUCAUAAUUUCAAAAAUCAUAAAAGCAACUACAACUAUAACAACAACAUCAUUGGCUCAAGUACUGAUAGUGUUAGCAAUUUAAGUCCUAAGGAAAUCAAACAAUCCUCCAAUGAUUAUUAUCAUCUGCAAAUGCCAACAUUAACUUCAGGCACAACAACAACAACAGCAGCAUUAACCAGAACCCCAACAACAUAUUCACCUUUACAUGAGCUUCAUCACCGUAAUCAACUGAAAAGACCAGCACUCUUGCAUCGUCAUGCCAGACAAGCAGCACCGGAUAAUGAACAAAACGACAAGUGUCGCAUGUUCACUGAGGGUGAUCCCGAAAAAAAUGAACUUUACAGUCCCGAAUAUCCCAAUGAGUAUCCGAAAAAUAUCAAUUGUACUCGGGUAAUAACAGCACCAAAGGGACAAAUUAUACGUUUGGAUUUUCGCAAUUCAUUUAAUAUAGAGGAUAAAGAAGAGUGUAAAUUUGACUUUUUAGAGAUAAGAGAUGGUCAAUAUGGUUUUUCGAAUUUAAUCGGAAAAUAUUGUGGUUCUGAUUUCCCACCUGAAAUAACGUCAAAGGAACGGUAUCUUUGGUUACAUUUUCACUCAGACGAAAGUAUUGAAUAUGAUGGCUUCACAGCAGUCUAUGAGUUUAUCGAUCGAAAUCGUGAUGCACCCAGUACUGAUUUAAAUUGCACAAUUGAAAGGGAUGGCUUUGAGGGUUUCGUGAAUAAUACGGAUGUGCCAACAGAGAUAAAAGAUACGGUUAUACGUAAUAAAGUACCUUUGGAUUGCAUGUGGCGUAUACAGGUGCAGGAGAAAUGGAAGAUACAAGUAAAAUUUUUAGACUUUAAAUUAGCAAAACCAAAUGACUGUGAAACGAAUUUUUUGGAUAUUUUUCCAGAACAAACCGUAAUGCCUUUAAGAGUUAAAAACUUUUGUGGCUCUGCUGGUGAAGGCAUCACAUCAGAUUCAAAUAUAUUGCAUGUGCGGUUUUAUGCCGAACAAAGUGCCAUCAAUUCAACAUUUUCCAUUUUGUAUACCGCCUUUAGAGAACGGGGAAGUUCGAGUUGCGCCGAGGACGAGUAUGAUUGCGAAGAUGCUACAUGUAUUGCUGGAAACCUCAAGUGCAAUGGUCGUAAUAAUUGUAAAUUUCUCUGGGAUGAAGAGGACUGCACUGUUGGAAAGAACGGGCAAUCAGAACAUAUGAUUAUUAUUAUUACAGUAUUUGGUUUAAUAUUGGGUGGCAUGGUCAUAACAUUCCUGGUGAAUUGUGUGCGUAAAAUAAUGCAUGACCAGAAAAUAAUACGGGAACACAUACGUCAAUCUAAAGAAUCUAAAUUAGAUGAAAUGGGUCGUAACUCUAAAGCACGUUCUCGUGACAACAUAUCGAUUGUAUCACCCAGACAAAAACAUUCACAGUCAUCAUUGCAAAUACUCGAUGAUGUUUCAAAUCGUUAUUAUCGUGAAAUGGAACUGCAAACAAAGGGUAAUUUUAAGGAAAAGGAUCCAAGCAUUUUGCGACAUGACAUGAUUGUACAGACGAGUUUAUGCAGUACGGAUGAUUCGUCAACAACGAUAACGGAACAGCAGCAGCAACAAACACCGGCAGCUGGUGGUGUUGGCAGCAGCAGCAGUGCCUGUGAUAUGGGCUGUCAGACAAGGGAAUCUCUAUUUGCAACAGCUUCAUUAAUGCGUCAAAAAUCAAAAACACCCUCUAUGGCUGGCAGUCAGCGAACUAUAGAGGGUGUGCCACCCCCACCACGUUUUUCGACCUUUGGCUAUGAUGCUGCACAAAUAGCGCCACCGCCACCACCCACCGUAUCGACAUUGUCAAGGCGUAAUAUGCACCUGCCACAAGAGUCCCUGGAGAUGGAACAACUACCACAGCAAACAACGCACACAAUGAUGAUGAUGCCAACACACCAGCAGCAACAACAACAUCAGCAGCAUCAGCAUUUACAUCAUAGACCCUCACAGGAAAUCUGUCAUCAUCAUCACCAGCAUCAGCAACAUUUACAACAGCAACAACAAAAACAAACACUGCCACGUCAUCAUCCACAACAACAACAGCAGCAACAACAACCACAGCAUCAUCAACACAUGCAGCAGCACCAUCAUCACACUAGUUCGGCAACAAUACCACCCAACGUUACACAACUGCCAGCACCGGGCACUGCUGUUGUAACGGCCAUUUCAACUGGCUCCAGUGGCCGACAAAGGGAGCCAGGCACUAAUGCUGGAACUGGUGGUGGCAAAAACAAACAAACUAAAGUUGAUGAGUCAAAAGUGUUUAUUGACAUUAGAAACUCAGCACCCGAUGUUAUAAUCAUGACAUCCCAUUGACAAUUAAGGAAAUUGAAAACAAAAAUUCAACUGUAUAAAACUGCUUAUCAGCCAACUGUUAUGUUGUGUAUUAUUAUGUAUGUCAUCGUCAUCAUCAUCAUCAACCCAUCAUUGAUAUCAUAUCGUUGUCGUCACUCAUUGAUUCUAUCAUUUGCAUUAAAUGCAGCUAGUAAGUUUGCUUUUAGUUUUAAAGUGUCUAGACUUUGUUUUCCUCAUCUAAUUUUAUUACAAUCAUAGUUAAUAUUAAAUUUUCUAAAAAGGAAAUGUAUUUUGCCAUAAUUAAAUUGAAAUUUUAAAUUAAAUUAAAUUUACCGUUCUGUU